AUGUCUAUGGAACUUUUGAAUAAAUAUGGCGUAAAUACACCAAAAGGCGGUGUCGCAAGAACGCCUCAAGAGGCUUUUGAGGUGGCGAAAAACUUAGGUACAGAGGACGCUGUAAUUAAAGCACAAGUCCUUGCCGGCGGCCGUGGUAAGGGUGUGUUUGAAAGUAGUCUUAAAGGCGGUGUCCGAACCAUCUUUUCCCCAACCGAAGCUGAAAUGUUUGCUAGGAAAAUGCUGGGUUAUAAACUCAUAACAAAGCAGACCGGACCAGGUGGAAAAAUAUGUAAUUCGGUUUACAUUGUCGAACGUAAAUUUGUCCGUCGUGAAUAUUAUUUUGCUAUUCUUCAAGAUCGAAAGACCCAAGGCCCCGCUAUCGUCGCUUCAUCUCAAGGUGGUGUCGACAUUGAAAGCGUUGCAGCUGAAAAUCCUGAGGCUAUUUUAACAUUAAGUAUCGACAUCAAUGAUGGUCUGAAGAAAGACGAUGCCCUGUCUUUGGCAGAAAAGUUGGGCUUUUCUCCAAAAAUUCGCGAAGAGGCUGCUGACAUGAUGCAGAAACUUUACAAGCUAUUCGUAGACAAAGAUUGUACUCAAGUAGAAAUUAAUCCGAUGGCCGAAUCUAUAGAUCAUGAAGUUUUGUGUAUGGAUGCAAAACUGAAUUUUGAUGAUAACGCGGAAUUCAGACAAAAGGAUGUAUUUACCUUACGCGACACCACUCAAGAAGACUCACGUGAGGUUGCCGCUGCAAAAUAUAACUUGAAUUAUAUCGGCUUGGAGGGACAGAUAGGCUGUUUGGUGAAUGGUGCCGGUUUGGCAAUGUCAACUAUGGACAUUAUUAAGCUACAUGGCGGAGAACCAGCUAAUUUCUUGGAUGUUGGCGGUGGCGCUACUGCAGAGCAAGUAACCGAAGCGUUUAAAAUAAUUUCAUCAGAUCCACAAGUGACUGCCAUUUUGGUUAACAUUUUUGGAGGUAUCAUGCGUUGUGAUAUUAUUGCUCAAGGCAUUAUUCAAGCCACUUCACAACUAUCAUUGUCCAUACCCGUAAUUGUGCGAUUGCAAGGUACUGAAGUCGAUUCAGCCAAGAAACUUAUAGCUGAAUCCGGAUUACGUAUAAUUUCUGCUGAUGAUCUUGAUGAGGCGGCUUCGAAAGCCGUACAAUUAUCAAAAAUAAUUCAGCUUGCAAGGGAAGCAAAUAUUGGAGUUUCUUUUGAGCUACCUAUAUAA